CAAUCAAUUUGAAAAAUCUACUUUGAUAAUUGGAAAACUCCAUUUGGAUUUUUGGAAAAUCAUAUAAUUGUGAAAACAACUAUGCUAAAAAUUUGAAAAGUUACAUAAUAAUUUGAUAUAAUUUUAAUUAACACAACAAAAUUUGGAGAAAAUUUGAAAAUAAAAUAAGAUUUGGGAUGAUUACAUAAAAAAAAAUCAAUAAAUCUUGGUGUAUCAUUAGGCUGGAUGUAUGGUCUAAAAUAACUGAUAAUUGAAAAAAAAAUUGAUUUUUUAACUAAUUUCGGUGUUCGAUAUGAAUCGAGAAAGACUAUUUUUACAAAUUUUUAAAAAAAGUGUCAAUUUUGUAAGGUGAAGUUGUAAAUGUGCUAUUUUUUACAAUUUCCAUUCCCCUCUAGCUUUGCUUUGCAAAAUCCAAGCCGAUGGUGUGUGAAAAGCCGCUUGAAGACACGGCCAUGACAUGAAAACAGAGAGAAAAAGACAGAGAAGAAACUCAAAAGUUGGUAUUAUGCUUUUUAAGGAUCGAUAUCUUUGAUUAUUAUUACCUCCAUCCACUUUCGUUUGGUUACUUGCUCUAAUAUUUUUAUCCUCAUACACCCAAUGAGGGCUCAACUCUCUAAUAUUCUUUUUGGGUUUCGUUUGGGAAAGGGAAGGAAGACCCAACAACCAGACCAAUAUUAGUUGUUGCAUCUUCUCUUGACUAAAUCACUCUAACGCAGCCAUGCAAGAAAUCAGCUUCUUCUAUAAAAAUUGGAUGCCCAUUCCCAUCUCUCCCACUUUCUUAAACCCCUAAAAAAAUGGCAAUCUCAAAUAAAGUUUAUGGAGUGAUGAUGAUAAUGCUUUCUGUUUUCUUUGUUGUGAGCCACAGCUUGUUUGAAACAGGGGAGCCCCGAUUGACAUUGGAUUAUUAUGCCAAAACUUGUCCCAAUGUGUUGCAGGUUGUGAGGAAAGAAAUGGAGUGUGCUGUGCUUUCUGAACCACGCAAUGCAGCUUUUGUUGUCCGAUUGCACUUUCACGACUGCUUUGUUCAGGGGUGCGACGGAUCGGUUCUGCUGGAUGACACUAUAACAUUACAGGGAGAGAAAAAGGCUUCCAUCAACAUACACUCCCUCAAAGGCUUUAGAAUCAUUGAUAGGAUUAAGAACAGCCUUGAAUCAGAAUGCCCUGGGAUUGUUUCUUGUGCAGAUAUACUCACUAUUGCAGUUAGGGAUGCAGUGAUUCUGGUGGGUGGCCCUUACUGGGAUGUUCCUCUUGGAAGAAAGGACUCCACAACUGCAAGUUAUGAACUUGCAAACUCAAAUCUUCCCUCUGCCAAUGAGGGACUUCUCAGCAUCAUCUCCAAGUUUCUUUAUCAGGGUCUCUCUGUCACUGACAUGGUAGCUCUAUCAGGAGCGCACACAAUCGGAAUGGCGAGGUGCGAGAAUUUCAGAGAAAGGAUUUAUGGGGAUUUCGAAGCAACUUCAGAUACUAACAACCCGAUUUCGAGGUCAUAUAUUGAGAAGUUGAGGUCAAUUUGCCCUCUAGUAGGGAAAGCAGCAGAGAACAACAUAACAGCAAUGGACAAUGUGACACCUGAGCUGUUUGACAACUCUUAUUUCCACAUGUUGAUGAGAGGAGAAGGGGUUUUGAAUUCAGACCAGGAAUUGUAUUCAAGCCUUCUGGGCAUGGAAACAAGGGCAUUGGUGAAGAAAUAUGCUGCUGAUCCACUUGCUUUCUUUCAGCAAUUCUCUGAUUCCAUGGUGAAGUUGGGAAAUAUUACCAAUUCUGAUAGCUUUUUCACUGGGGAAGUUAGGAAAAACUGCAGGUUUAUCAAUACAUGAGAACAAGGGGGGAAAAUUAUUUGUUGUGUCUCUUUUUUUUAUAAAGGAAUAGUUCUGAUAUUAUACUUAUAAAAUGUUCAUUUUGCAAAUUGUAUGAGUAUGAGUGGGUCUGGGUGUAACCAUUCUUAAAGCAUAGGAGUUUGAUGUAAAACACAGGCAAAUCACAAUGUAUGCUUUUAAAUUUUAUAUC